AUGGCAGCCAAUAAAUUUUGGAAAAAGAAAGAAUUAUCAAGUUUGGAAUAAUAGGUGGGAGCAGCAUUAACAUAAAUUGAAGCAACAAUAACAGAAGUUAAGAAUUUGAAAUUAUCAUCAGUUGUUGAUUUCACAGCAAAGAUUAAUGCCAAAAAAUAAGUGUAUUUGGUAUUCAUCCCAUAUCCAUGCUUAACAAUAUACAAUAAGAUUAGCUAAAAGCUAUUGCCUGAAUUAGAGAAGAGAGUUAAGGCAACUAUCUUAGUGGCUGCUAAAAGAACAAUUGAAAGUAAGUGGGUGAAGAAUCACAGAUCUUAAACAAGACCAAAUUCAAGAACUCUUACAUCUGUUUAUAAUGAAUUGCUCGAGGAUUUGAUUUCUCCAUCUGUUAUUUUGGGUAGAAGAACAAGAGUCAGAGUUGAUGGCACCAAAUUCUAUAGAAUAUUCCUGGAUGAAAGCGAUUAGAAGGACUUGGAAUCAAGACUUGAUUCUAUUAAGGAUGUUUACAAAGUAUUGACAACUAGAGAUUUGGAGUUUGAAUUCAGAAGAGAUGACACUUUCUAUUAAAAAAAGGGUGCUAAGAAAGUGGCUAAGAAAUGAUGAACAUUAAUAAGUAUAGUAUUAUAGGCAUAAAAAUAAAAUAAUUUUA